AACUUUCAUCGUCGAUUGUUGGCAGCCUGGAUCCUCACUCCUUAAUCGACCACUCUGACGAUCUCACCGCUGAUCGAAGUGCUUAACCAGAAAAGUUAGAGAGCGUGCGCGGCUGUUCCGGUUCCGCUCUUGCCCAGCGCCGGUUGCGCCCUCCGGCCUCCCCGGCUCCGCAGCUCCGCCCUCUGCCUCUCCUUGCUAGACUCCUUCGUUGCAUGUAUUAUUGGAAUUGCUGUUUGCUGUUGUCUACCAUGCAUAAUUACAAUCUUAUAUGCGGUGGCAGAUCAGGUAAUACAUCAGGCUCUGUUUAGUAGUGUUAUUAGGGGAAGCAGAAUAAGUAGCUUGCCUUUUGAUUUAUUUAAUUGGCUAAAAUGGAUGGUAGCAAAUACUUUCAUUUCAGAAGACUUAGCCUUUUCGUGCCAAAUAACUCUUGAUAAUAUAAUGAUGAUAAAAAUAUAAUAUUAUAACUAUUAAAAAAUAUUAUAACUCUUAAUAAAUAAAGAAUGCAGAAUCACUUGAAGCAAGAAAAGAUUUUAGCAAGAAUUUGGUUCCCCCCAGCCAUAUACUCUGUGUUCAACUUUGCAGGGAAUUGGAUGCUAAAUUUAUCCUUAGGUUUACUCUCUUUGACAGAUCAUUAGGAACUGGUAUCCCUUCAUCCAUAUGCUCUUAAUUUCAACUUCAUGUAUUUUACUUGCUAAUAAACAACUAAGAGUUGUAAGGCGUGAUAACGCUGCUAAAAUUGAUAUUCCCAGGGAAGCAUGGCUGAGGAUGUGAAAGGCAUGCUCGCUGCCAUUCAACAAAAUCUCUUCAAUGUUGCAAAACAUAUGGAAUGAGUUUGUGAAAGCUCUGAAUGAUGACCAGAAGUUAAUCUUAGCUCCUUGGUGUGAUGAAAAGGUUGUUGAGAAAGAUGUGAAGGCACAGAUAAAAGGGAAGAUGGGUGCAUCAAAUACACUUUGCUGUCCAUUUGAGCAGCCUGAGCUUCCAAAAGGAAUGUUGUGCUUUGCCAUAGGAGGCACAUGCCAAGAUAUGGUCAUACUGGAUGCUUCAUUCAUUAAUUUAUACACACAUAGUAAUGUCUCCCUAACUAGGAGGAUCCGUAUACUUUGGCAUGGCUUAUUUGUCCUAUUAUGUUUUUUCAGACUUGUUUACAGUCUAGGAAUAUACUUGUCGUGAUAUUAUUAUAUACUCGUAGUAUUACUUUUGUUGCCUUUUGUUGUACCAUGUGUCUUACAUUUUGUUGCAUUAUGUUGCAUUUUGUUGCAUCUUGUUACUUUUUGUUGCACCGUGUUUCUUAUUACCACAUU